ACAAGAAGAGAAAGAAGAAGGCGAAGAAGAAGAAUGACGCCAUUUCGAUGACAGAAACCAAACUUUAGCCUGUAGUAGCAUAACAACUCGGCUUCGUGAAAUAUAAAGGCUCUCCGACGCACCUUAUCCUGAUUGUCAUAUUUAAAUGCUGGCAUGGGGCUGUAGGCAGUGUUUAUAAGCAAAGUGUUGAGGAAUGGUCUGACUGCAGCAGCAAACAUGCACAGCCGUUUGCAGGAGCUGAAGAAGGAAGAGGAGACCCUCCUCAAAAUCAAAGUCAUGCUGCAAGACCAGCUCAACCGCCUGAAGUUUGAAGAAGGGGCCUUGAAGUCCAUCAUCAACGCUCAAACAGAAGAAGGAGCCUCCCUGGACCCUUUACCAGAAAAUAAGGUUCAUGUUAAUCUUGAUGAUGAGAGCGAAAUCAAUCGAACCAAACUCCUGCUGAAUAGUGCUGAGGAUUAUGACAUGGAGGAAGAGGAUGAAGACGAGGAGAAUGAAUAUGAUGAAGACGAAGAUGACAAUGAGCUUGAAUUUGUGCCUGAAGUGGAUGAGGAGGAUGACGAUUACUAAGAAUAAUGGGUUGUGUGUGUAUUGCGCCACUUAAUGAGAACAUGGACACCUUUUAUUUGUAUUAGUUGAUGAGUAAUUUAUUUAGAUGGAGUUACAGUUACAGUGUAAUAGUCAGCGGUGCUACCAGUGCCCAUUCUUUGCCUGAUUUAAAGCAUAUCUGCAUUUCUCCCCAUCAUUAAUUUCAAACUUAGUGAGAAAUGUGUCCCUGAUAUGCAUUAAGGUGUUGUCAUUAGGUGCUUAUUCAGUAGCUUUCUAGACAUGUUUUUGUUGAAGAAUUCAGAAUCCCAAUUGUUCAUGUGUGUGUCAUGAAACAUUAUGGCUGGGCCAUAAAAGAGGAUAAAGUGUACGUGUUAUAUAAGAAAUGAGAAUUGUAAGCACAAAAAAUAAAUGUUUUGCUUUGUU